AUGGCAGCCGCGUCACACAACCAAUAUCCUCGAUCUCCCAACCCCUCCACAAGGUCAUACGACUCUUCAUCAGUAUCUUCUGCAACUUCUCCAGCGCCGCCUGCCCAGUACUUGGGCGGCUUGAUGAGCACAAGUGCGAGGUCGAACCCGGCGCCAGCACCACACCCCAUCGGCAUUCCCCCAUUGCCCCCGGUUCACCAGCCUUCGUCCUUCCAGCCGUACACUCCAGUCACAGCGACGACCAUGAUCGGACGGGACUCUCUACCGUCGAAUGACUCCGUUGCCAGCACACCAGGAACAGCCAAUGCCCAGCUCCCGCCAACAUCCGCCAGCAGUAGCAAUGUCCAGCAGAAGCGGGCUUACCGCCAGAGGAGAAAAGACCCCAGCUGCGACGCCUGCCGAGAACGCAAGGUCAAGUGCGACGCGACAGAGACGACAAGCUGUUCCGAGUGCUCUAGCCGGAAUGUCAAGUGCCAGUUCACUAAGGAGACGAAUCGCCGCAUGUCGUCCAUCAAGCAAGUACAGGACCUUGAGAAGCAGAUCGAACGCGUCCGCAGGGAGAACAAUAGCCUCCGACGCAUGAUCUCGGAAAAGGACGGACAGCUGGAUGUGGACGCUGAGGGCAUCGAACAGCUUCCCCUUCAGCUCCCCAGCAUUGGGGCGGAACCCAAGAGGAGGAAGCGCCCCGCGCCCAUGCACGAUCUUUCCAGGGCGCGAUCGAACUUGUUGAAUUUCUCCAAAGGUGUUUGGAAACCGCCAGCGCAAUAUCGUCACUCUCUAACUCCCACGCUGUUCGACACCCAGAGACCAGAAUUGCCACCGAUACAGGCGACGAAACAGCUCAUUGACAGCUACUUCACCUCUACGCACAGCAUGUUUCCCAUCCUCCACUGGCGCACUUUUGAGCAGGGCAUCGAGGAAAUGUACAGGGCUCCGAACUUACAAAGUGUUCCUUUGUCGUUCAUGUCAGUGUUCUUCGCCGUUCUGGCAGUGGGCAGUCUGUUCACCCCCGAGGUACCAAGCGAGCGUUCAUACCGCGGUGCGGAGCUUCUCGAAAUGUCACGGAAGUUAAUUGAUCCGUGGAACAACAACUUCGUACUCGACGAUGCGCGGACACUAACUUUGCAAGCAAUCUUCCUCAGCGAAAUGAACCUCAAGUCCGCAGCCUGGAAUUGUCUAGGGAACGCUGUUCGAGUUGCACAAGACAUAGGGCUAUAUUCCGAAUCGGGGCCGUGGCCGGUAGUCGAGGGAGAAAUGCGUCGGAGAGCUUGGUGGACAAUCUACAUUCUUGACCGCAGCCUCUCUGUGGAGCUGGGACGGCCACUCCUAAUCGACGAUUCUGACUGCGACGUGUCUCUUCCUGCAGGCGUUGACGACGCCUACAUUCACGACGGCGGAAUGACAGUCCCUGCAGGAGCCGAGCCUCUGACGAACUCGCUGCUCGCACUUAUCAACGUGGUGCGAUCAUACGGUGCCCUUCACAAGGCCCUUGCCUCCCCCGUGGUUGCACCGACCCGUCUGGCGACCUUCGAUUCGCAUUUCGCAUCUUGCCUGCGAACGUUCCCGCCAGCAUGCGAUCCUUCGUCCCAGGUGCCGUUGAGCCCGCACCUCCUCAAUCCGCUGAUAUAUCUUCUCCACGCGCGUCUGCUGCUCCACAGGCACAACCUCACGCCCAGCUGUCCGUCCGACGUCCGCAUCUCAGCGAUCGAACAGUGCACCCACACAGCACUGGAAACUGCCUCCCUCAUCACCCGAACCACGCCUCAGCUUCCCGACGGAGCAACUGCCCUGCUCGCCAUGCACCUCUUCCGCUGCACACUCUUCCUACUGCUCGCGGGAUACCUGGAUGCAGCCACCGCCUGUAUCCGCGCACUGGCCGCCAUCGGCACUCGACGAGAUGUCACGGCACCGUGUGGUCGGUUCCUGGCGUUCUUCGCGGCGGUGCUAGCGGGCAAAAAGACCGAGUAUGCGGCCUACAUCGCCAGGAGCAGCCCGCAAACCCUUGCACAGCCGCCGCCCGCCGCUGGAAGACCGCAGCCUAGUCCGCUACAGGACGCUCUACUCAGGGAUGAGGAGCUGCUCGUCUACGUCAGUGCGGAUCUUCAGGCAGGCCCAGAGACCGGAUGGGUUUGGGCGGGCGGGGAACGGGAUGCCCAGGCUCAGCAGUCCCCCAGCCCGGGGCUGGUACGAGGCGGCUCUUCGGGCAACGGAAAGGGAGCGUUGUUUAGCUCGGAAGCCAGGACCGGUCUGAGCGAGGAAGAGAGCCGGGACUGGGGGGGAUGGGAGAGAGUGGAGGGCUUAAUCCGCGGGCUGUCAUCCGGGUCGACUACGCCUACGGCGCCGGCCAGCGGUGGACCGUGGGCCCAUGCACGACCAGCCACCCUACCGCCGCCGCCGGGACCGCCAUUGCAGGUCAAGAUGGAACCGGGGAUGGGGCAGGGGCCUCCAGCAGCUGGUCCCAGCGGCGGGGGAGGAAGCAAUGGCAAUAGCCCAACGACGGGCAAGACGAAGAAUCAGGACAGGAUCAGCAUUGCGAACAUCAUCUGA